AUGAAAAUUAAAACUAACCAAAGAUCAAGUAGUUUUAAUGAACAACUACCGAAACAACAACAUUCAAAAAGUAGUCAUACAAAAAGACUUUCAAGACGUAGUAGCGCAGGUGACAUAGAUCAUGCACGUGUCAUUCAUGUACUCGCACAUCCAAUGGCAACAAAAACACUUCCAGUUGAUGAUAUUCGUCCAUCAAUUAUCGAAAACACUAUUCGAUUAGACAAUGCCGAUGAAAAAAUCCGAUUAGCACGUUUAAUGGAUAUGAGUGAUAGCAAAAUACAAGUGAAAACUGCACCACCACGUACUUUACGGACUACAGGUGUGCCUAGACCUUCGCAGAUUGAUACCAUCCAUUUAGCACCAGUCAAUUCAAAACUGAACGUUUCUGCUACUUCUGCUGCCAAUGAUAAGAAAAAUACGCCUAAAACUGCUCAUGUUAAACGCAUAAAGAUGACAAAAAAGAAAACAAACACAACAACUGCUGUUGCCCCACUCAAGUCUCUCAUUGAAGAAGAGAAAAAUGACAGUAGCAACCAUGAGUAG